AAAACCCUGUAGCGGAAGUGAUGCGAGGCGUGUGCGCCUGGAGUGAUGGAGCAACAGCAGCUUCACCAGCAGCAGCUGCGGAACCUGCGGGACUUCCUGUUGGUGUACAAUCGGAUGACAGAGCUCUGUUUUCAGCGCUGUGUUCCCAGCCUACACCACCGAGCCCUGGACGCGGAGGAGGUGGGGCCGUCACCCUCUGAGGCCUGUCUGCACAACUGUGCCGGGAAGCUCAUCCACUCCAACCACCGCCUCAUGGCUGCCUACGUGCAGCUCAUGCCUGCCCUGGUGCAGCGCCGCAUUGCAGACUACGAGGCUGCCUCAGCCGUGCCAGGUGUCGCCACCCAACAGCCGCCAGUCUCGCCGUCUGGCAGCUGACCAACCCCAACUUCUAAGGCAAGGCCUUGGAUGGGCUCCCUCAGAUUGAAGGACCCGAUUUGGAUUUGGGCUUGGUGAGCUUGAAAAUUGGGCAACGAAGCUCGUUUUCCUGGAGCCAAUAAACCCACCUUUUACCCUG